CUCAACUUUGAUCAAAAUGGCGGAGAUUUCGGUUCUUGGUUUAACAGCUCUCCUUCUCUUCUUCCUCUCAUGUGCUGUCUCAAUCUCUGAUUCUCUCCAACAAGAUUCUGUGUUGGAAGAGGACAAUAAUGGAAGCUUUUUCACAGUCUCGAGCUUCAGGUACCCAAAAUCACAAGUCGGACCCUACGAUACUCGUUACAUCAGAGUUGAUUUGCCUCCAUGGUUCUCUUCGUUGAAUGUUGCUAUGGAAUCUAAUGUAGACAUCAGUGCAAAGAGCAUCCGGAAGAUUUCAAAAAGUCUUCUUCCUGUUAUAUGUUUUAGAGAUGGUAGUCCUCCUCUGCCUGAUGCAUCAAACAACGCUCUCAAAGGUUUAGAGCUAGGACGGUUAUUCAAUGGUUCUUUUGAUGGAGCUCAAGAUAUUGAGAUUGCAGAACAGUGUUACCCUAUGCAGAAGAACAUUUCCUUGAGAUUGACCAAUGAACAGAUAUCUCCUGGAGCUUGGUAUGUUGGUCUUUUUAACGGAAUUGGAGUUACUAGAACUCAGGGAAAAAUGAUUGUUCGCUCCUCUGCGUUUUCAUUUAGUGCCAACAUUACUGUGGAAGGUUGUAAAACCGCUACCAUGUGGGGACCUUCCUGCAACCAAACUAUAUAUCCUCUUUCGUGUUCUCGGUUCGAUAACCAGACAGGAAGCGUUGUUUCCUGCUCGGAUUCCUCUCCUAUUUCUUGCCUAACCGGUGUUGAAACAAAGACAUACGCCUUAGAUGUUGAUGGAAUAGCUGAGCAGUUAGUUAUAAUGGCAUCCAAUGUGAAAGUAGAUUCAAAUGAAAGCUACCUCAUGUGUUACGCUCGCUUUGGAGCUAUUGCUUCAGAGACUCUACAUGAUUACGCUGGUGAUAUACACAAAGCUCCUUUAGUUAUUAACAAACCGAAAGUUGGUCGGUGGUAUAUAGUUGCUAGUAUCUCUGGAAGGGAGAAUCGUCUUGUACAAGGCACUGAUUCUAGCUCUAAGGUCUGCUUUUCAUUAAACGUUAAAGUACUAGGGUGUCCUGUAGGAAAAGCAGGACCAAACUGUGGGCAACAAAUCUACAUGCUUCAGGCCGUUAUGGGGAGAGGAUGGUUGACACCUUUUGAAUCAUAUUAUUUGCCUGUCAAUGACGCUUCUUCACCUUCAGACUCGACCACAAACUUCCCCCUUGAACCUAUUGUCAGCAACGUUUCCUCUCUUCCCUUAGACACAAGCACAUGGACUUAUUUCCUCAUGAACAUCCCUCAAGGAGGUGCUGGUGGGCAUAUCCACUUCAGGUUGACAUCAGAUUCGACGGUAAAGUAUGAAGUGUAUCUUAGGUUUGGUGGAUUGCCUACUGUUGAAGACAGGGACUAUUAUUAUGCGAAUCAGACAAGUGCCAGCCGCUCAAUGUUCUUCUCACUGUAUAAUUCUAGCCGAGAGAAAGUUGACUUCUACAUCUUGUAUGCUAGAGAAGGAACAUGGUCGUUGGGGUUAAGGAAGCUCAGUGAGUCUACUGCUACCACAGGCUCUAAAGGUCCACCUACUCUUGUAUCUCUUUCUCUUGAAAGAUGUCCCAGAAGGUGUUCCUCUCAUGGGAAUUGCAGAUAUGCUUUUGACGCUAGUGGAUUGACUUCCUACAGCUUUUGCUCUUGUGACCGAACACAUGGAGGCUUUGACUGUAGCAUUGAAGUUGUAUCACAACAAGGACAUAUCAUUCAGUCUAUUGCUCUCAUAGCAUCAAAUGCAGCAGCUCUUUUGCCAGCUUAUUGGGCUCUUCGGCAGCGAGAGUAUCCAGAGUGGGUUCUUUUCACAUCUAGCGGAAUCUCAAGCGCUCUGUAUCAUGCGUGUGAUGUAGGCACCUGGUGUGUGUUAACUUACAACGUGUUACAGUUUAUGGAUUUCUGGCUCUCUUUCAUGGCUGUGAUUGGUACCUUUGUGUACUUAUCCACGGCUGAUGAAUCAAUCAAGAGGACAAUACACACAGUUGUCGCCAUUCUCACAGCUUUAUUAGCCUUAACCAAGGCAACAAGGGCGUCGAAUGUUAUCAUUGUAUUAGCUAUUGGAUCACUUGGUCUUCUCAUUGGGUUUUUGGUAGAGUUUAUUACAAAGUAUAGAUCAUAUUGCGGUUCAGCUGGAUUUUCUAUGAACAUGCUGGACAGGCCAAGGGCAGUCAAAGAAUGGUUUAGUAGUUUAAUCAAGACACUCAAGAAACGGUUUCAUUGGGGCUUUAUGGCAGCUGGUCUUGUAGCCUUUACCAUGGCAGCCAUAAGUUUUAAAGUGGAAACCAGUUCAAGCUACUGGAUUUGGCACAGUAUUUGGCAUUUCACAAUCUACACAUCUUCCUUCUUCUUCCUUUGUUCGAAGAUUGCAAUUGUAAAUAACGAGAACCAAACCCACCAGGGAGCUGACAACUACGAGCUAACAAGGCAAGACUCGCUACCAAGAAACUAAAAAAAGCAAAAAGAUAAAAGAGUCUCUAUACUAAAUUCUUGAUGUACUUCUUCUAUAUCUGUAUACGAAGUACCAACCAAAGAAGUGUUAGAACAGAUGAAAGACAUGGUGAUGAGUAAAUAUUCAGGUUUGUCUCACUUAGAUUCUUUUGAUGUGGCAUUUGGACCGCUGGAGUUGUUGUCUAGUUGCAUCAUUUGUGUUCUUUUUUAAGGAGAGGCUUUGGCAUUCUUAAACAAUCUUUGAGUUCAAUCUGCUUUUUAUAUAUCGUUAUGUUCAUGAGUCAUGGCCAUUGUUUCUGGACUAACUAGUCCUCAACCCA